AUGUCGCUUUCUACUGAUCGGAACGAACAGAAUCUGAAGGGACGCUACUUCAAAUAUCUCGAGUCAUUAUGUGUCUCCAAUGGAAUCGAGAUGGACAAAUUGAAGGCAAUGGCGACAGAUUACGAGCUUUUGGAGAUGUUUUUUGGGGGAUUGCCUGUUCUGGUCGGCCUCCGAUAUUUCGAUCACCUACAGACCCUCCGAUUGAUGGGACAGGAGAUCCAGAACCUCAGCCCUUUGUCUGAAGUCGCCGAGACUCUCGAGGAAUUGUGGAUCUGUGAAUGCUCAUUAGAUGACAUAGCAGGAAUGGAAGCUUGUACGAAGAUUCGGCGUCUUUAUUUGUACAGUAAUCGAAUACACGAUGCUUCUGUGUUAUCUUAUCUGAAGUCGCUAGAUAUUCUGUGGAUCCAGGACAACCAACUAGACAGUCUAGAGGUGACUCUUUUAGGUUCUUUUUGUCAAAUUGUUUCCAGUUUCUGAAAGAUCUCCAAUAUCUGAGUAGUCUCAAAGUUGGAGGAGAUCAAUUCAACGAUUCCCUGGCCCUCUCCAUCUCCCAAUGGCCUCCCAAACUUCAAUUUCUAGACAUUGCUGGCAACACUUUGAGUUCUUUUCAGGUACUUCCAUCCAAAUAAUUCAUUAAUUAAUUAUCGUUUAUAGAGUCUUCUCAGCCUUUCUUGUUGUGAAGUUCUCCGUAGACUCAAUAUUUGCAACGACAAAUACCCCUCUAAUGGAUUAAUUCGAGAAGAAGAGCAACUUGUUUGGCUCACGUUCCACUUCCCUUUCUUGGAAAGUUUCGAUGGGGACACAUUAAAUGAGAAGUUUAUCAGCAAUUAUACAGUAAGUCUAUAUGGAUUACUGUAAUAAUCAUAGAACAGAUGCAAGCUGAGAAGAAAGCGGCACUUGAGAUGAAUAGCAUGAUAAAAUCAUCACGAAAAAUGAUUGGCCAAUUGGAUUCAAUAUCCAAAAACGAGGCCAAGAUGCAAGAAAAGUUGAGUUCUUUCAUCAACGCGUUGACGAAAGCCUCAUCUGUGGUGUCGAAGAAAGAAGGCCGGAGGGAAUUAACCCUAAAACUUCAUGAUCUUUACAAUCUCAAGCUCAAAGCUCUCCCGAAUUCUCAAGGUAAUGUUAUUUUAAUACCACCAACCUUGUAGCUGGAUGUAUCAAAUGUGAAAAGGAAGUCUUUUACAUCUCUAAUUAUCUUCUCCCUUCCUGGAAAAUGGAGAGUGCUGGCAGAACCAUGGCUCGGGAAGCUCCCAAAACUGAACUUUUGGAUCUCGAACAGACUCUCCAAGGAUUCUGCACCAUCGAAGAACCAAAGAUCAAAAUAAAAACCGCUGUUUUAUUCAGCCUGACUCCACUGGACAAGACGGAGAUGAAGAAUUUAUUUUUCUUGCAUCCAAGUUCGGAGACUGCCGUCUGGGAUUUCGCUGAUCUCAUUGAAAUUGGGAAUCAACGUUUGGCAAUGGAUGGGAAUCUCAAAUGCAAAGUCUUCAAAGACCUGUCAUCACUAUCCAAUGAAAGUUACAAAACUGUAAGAGAAGGUUAAAAAGACAACCUUUGAUUACAGUUAUGCACAUGUUCGUGGCCUUUGGUUAAAGUUAAAGCUAACGCCAAAGCUGAGAAGAUCGAAGAUCAAAACAACAAUAGCUAUGAGGCUCAAGGUAGAAAGCUUAAAAUGCACAUCAAAUACAAAAUUCGUUUACUUCAAAAUAUAAUUUGGAGGUUCUAUUAUCAUUGGUCCUUGUAUGGCGAGGAACCUAUAAAUCUCUGCGCCCAAGUCCAUCCCGAAGUUGAUGCGAUUUGAAAAUUUAGGAUUAAAACGGGCGUGUAUACCUAAUCUAUCAAGGCGAAAAAGUCGGUAUUUACAGUAUGUCAUAAUAUUAGCGUGUUUAUACAUAACACUAUUCACCAUUACAUUUGUUAAGUUUUGAAACUACAAUCACUGAAACAAAAAAGGGAUUGAUUAUAAGCUCAAAUUUAGUUUCAAAACAUCCGUUUAUACCCUAACCAAUUCAAACAUUUAAAAUAAAUCGAUUGUAGGGAAGGACGAAUGUUACUAUUGGGGGAACCUAGAGUUGGUUUUCCUCUGCGUAAUCGAACUACAACGCUCUUCUUGGCCUACAUUCGAAGAGGUCAAGAAUAUUCAUCAUUUUGACGAGCACAUCAAUAAUCAAGUCAAGACCUUAAAAGAUUUGGGGAUCGAAUUAAAACUGGAAAAGGUUGUUUUACCUUUACAAAAGCAAGCGACUGAAGAAGAAGGAGCUGAAGGAGAGACUCAAGAGAUUGUAAAACCAAAACAGUAAGUCAAUUGGGUAAAUUAAGAAUUGUUUCUAGACAAAAUAAAGUUUCGGAAAUCAUCACGGAGAAGUUAACUUCUGGCAGAUAUCGAAUCAAUGGUCCAAUUUGGAGCGGAAAAGAACUAAGCCUUCGAAAUCCAAUCGAAUUGACUUUGGCUUACACAAAGAGUGCCAAAGUCGAAGAGUCCAACAUGUUCGUAAGCGUUAUGAUUACAAUUACAGUAUGCUUUCAGUCGCAAAUUGUUGCCUUAAAUCUGGAGAAUUUAAAUAUAAAUUCUUUGGAUGGGAUCGAACAAUUGGAGAAGUUGCGGUAUCUUUCCCUGGCUUCUAACAAUCUCUUAAGUGUCAAAAGAUUAAGAAAACUGGAUAAGUUAUUAUUCUUAGACAUCUCUCAGAACAAUAUCAGCAAGAUUGAUGAACUGCCGGGAUCUCUUUGCGGUCUAAAAGCUUUUCAAAAUCAAUUAACAUCUGUAACAUUCUGUUCGAAAUUACAGGUAGGUAAAAUGAUAUACUGUAAUGAUUACUCUUGCAGCUAUUGACGUACUUAAAUCUAUCUCACAAUCGGAUAAAAUCGAUGAAGGGGAUCGAAGAACUGAAGACUUUACACACAUUACUCUUGACGGAUAACAUGCUUAAGGAUAAAACGGAAGUCGAAUUACUGCAGGUGCUGACUAUUAAAAUGUUAUGUAAAAAGUUCUCCAGGAACUCCCAAAUCUUCGUUUUGUCGACUUAAUGGGCAAUCCUUUGGCUGACGAUGACAAUUACAAAAAGGUAGUGCUGAAUGGAAACAACUCGAAUGCAGAGAAUGAAAACUCAAGUGAUGCUGAUAAACAAAAUCAAGUGGUCAGAAAGGCCGGCAAGAUAUUAACCAUGGACUUUUUGGAAAAGGAAUUUGGGGAAUCUUUGGGACAGGAAAAUGAAUUCAAUUGGAGCGACCAUCAAUUCCAGAUGAUAGCUUUGGACAGAACUGCCUUGGACAAGUAAGAUAGGCAUAAAACAAACACUCUCUUGCAGAUUACAAAACAUAACGGCCAUUAAUUUGUCGAACAACCAUCUCCAACAUCUCUACGAACUAGUUCAUCUACACAAUCUGGUCGAUCUCGAUCUCUCCUCCAAUCAAAUUAUAUCACUUACAACUGAAAAUCUUCCAGAGGUAAAUCCUAAUAAUUUUAGAAAAUACUUCUUUAGAUCCUCCCCAAAUUAGAAGUUCUUAAUUUUUCAUCGAAUAAUCUGACUUGUCAGUCCCUGGCCAGGGUUGGAUUGGCCAAAUUACCUCAAUUAAAGCGGCUUAUUCUAAGUGGAAACAAAUUGACAAGAUUCGACGGAGAUAGUUUCGAUUUGGAACGUCUAGAAAGCCUGGAUUUGAGUGAUAAUGACAUCAAAAUUAUUAGAAAGAAGACUCUCAAGAACAUCAAGGAAAUAAGUCUCGCAAACAAUGGUCUCAAAGACUUGGAAGGCCUUAGUCUUCCCAAUGUUACAGUACUCAAUGUUUCCAAAAAUAAGUAGGAUUAUUGCUCUGUUACCCCUAGUUUUGUUUAGAAUCAGUUCUUGCGCAGCCAUGAAGAGUUUAAAGGAUAUGAAACACCUAAAAUCUUUGGACUGCUCGGAGAAUCCAGUGACGGCCAGAAGAGUUUAUAUUGAUUACAUCAAGAAACAACUACCAGGACUGGAAGAAUUGGAUUCGGAGGUUGUAAUACGAACAGUACCCGAGACAAAUAAAGAGGAAUCGAACGGAACCGAGAAACCACGAAUCCGUGCCCAUAUAAAAGCCAAUCCAAUGGCCGUUCAAAUCGCCAAUUCAAAAAGUUCGGCCGCAAAAAGAUAUAUCGAUUUCAAAUUACUCAAGUAAGAGCCAAGAAGUAAGACACGCAUUGAUUCAGAGAGAAGUCGGACGUGACUCCCGAAAUGGAUCCACAGGAUAAACAAAAUACAUUCCAAUCUCUUCAAAAGUCCCAGAGUUUAUUCAAUUUGAUGGCACCUGAAGCCACCAAUCUCAAUGUCCAAGACUUCAUCAUUUCCGGAAAGAGGUAAGGCACUUCGUGACACAGAGAAUGUAACAAGUUCAGGAUAACAAAGUAUUCUCGCGUUUACAAAAUGAAUUGA